AUGUCCACCCACGGUGGCAUCUACGGGAGCCUUCUUCACGGGACCCUUACCGCCGAAUCCUGGAUCCCAGGAUCGCAACGAGCCUUCGUGGACGACCGAAGAAUACGGUACAGCCUGUCCCUACGAAGUCAGACAGUGACGGGCAAGAAGACGGCCAUCCUCAGGCCGGGCAAGACGACAGGCGCUCGGGCUACUGGGCGCAGAAGUCGGCCGAGCGUACGGAGGCAACGGUCGCAGUGGGAGCUCAUAAGUGAUGACGAGGCAAGCGCCGCGACCAAGCUCGACUGGUCGUUCGGGUUCCCCGAGACAGGCAUCAGUGAGUGUGUUAUUGUUCGGACGAGCGAGAGGGUGACUAGAUCCAUGGCAUCUUCGCAGGGGGGGGACGAGGUUGCCAUUGAACGGGUCAAGGAAAAGCUGAAGGGAAGAUUUGAGAUGAAAGACCUCGGAGAAGCAGAGAACAUUCUCGGAAUUCGGAUUCAAAGGCACAAAGGAAAGCUGAUGAUUGAUCAAUCACAAUUUGCGAAGGAAAUCGUGGCAGAAUUUCUCUACGACGACUCAAUGAAGCACGCAACCCCCAUGGAACCUGGAGCUAUACGGAAGCUCGUUGAGGAACCGGGACGGCCUCUGAACCAUGACGAAUGGUUGAAAUACGUGGAAUUGCUCGAAAGCUGA